CUCGUCAGAGCUCCCUGUGAUCGGGAAGCGACAAAAACCUGGUAACCGCCGAAUCAGAAGGAAAACGACGAGAGGGGGUUAUCUGAGUGACAGCCACGAGCUCCCUCACCCAUCCCAAGCCCUCCACGUGUUCUCAGAAACUUCCAUUAGGAGCAGAUUAGGCCUCGAGUUGAGCACCACCACCAUUAUCUAAUCCAAAAACAGAGCAGCAGCUCCCCUGUUUUUUUCUGUAUUGGGUGGCUUUCCUUUUUUGCUUCUUCUUCUUCUUCUGUUUGUCAAGUGCAGAAAGUGUGUUUGGUUUUGGUUGAGGAAAAAUGGAUCAUGAAGCUGAUGCCUACCGUACUGACUUGAUGACCAUGACUCGGUUCGUGCUGAAUGAGCAGUCCAAGUACCCUGAGUCACGAGGAGACUUCACGAUCUUGCUCAGUCAUAUUGUUCUUGGCUGCAAGUUUGUGUGCUCUGCUGUCAAUAAGGCUGGUCUGGCUAAACUUAUUGGCCUUGCUGGAGAGACCAAUGUUCAGGGUGAAGAGCAAAAGAAACUGGAUGUGCUUUCAAAUGAAGUUUUUGUGAAGGCUCUGGUUAGCAGUGGUCGAACUUGUAUCCUUGUUUCGGAGGAAGAUGAAGAUGCCAUAUUUGUGGAGUCAUCAAAGCGCGGAAAGUACUGUGUUGUCUUUGAUCCAUUGGAUGGUUCGUCUAACAUUGAUUGUGGGGUUUCCAUCGGCACGAUAUUUGGGAUUUAUGUGCUUAACGAAGGCAAGGAAGCUUCUCUAGAUGAUGUCUUGCAACCUGGAAAGAAUAUGUUGGCAGCAGGCUAUUGCAUGUACGGAAGUUCUUGCACGUUUGUGUUGACUACUGGAAGUGGAGUUCAUGGUUUCACCCUUGAUCCAUCUCUUGGGGAGUUCAUACUAACUCACCCAGACAUCAAGAUUCCAAAGAAAGGAAAGAUCUAUUCUGUGAACGAAGGGAAUGCUAAGAACUGGGAUGGUCCAACAGCUAAGUAUGUGGAGAAAUGCAAAUUCCCAACAGAUGGUUCUUCACCAAAGUCUCUAAGAUACAUUGGAAGCAUGGUUGCUGAUGUUCACCGCACAUUGCUUUAUGGAGGUAUCUUUUUGUACCCUGCUGAUAAGAAGAGUCCAAACGGAAAACUCCGUGUUCUCUACGAAGUCUUCCCCAUGUCAUUCUUGCUGGAACAGGCGGGAGGUCAGGCCUUCACUGGCAAGGAACGGGCCCUUGACCUGGUUCCAAAGAAGAUACAUGAGCGGUCUCCAAUAUUCCUUGGCAGCUAUGAUGAUGUGGAGGAGAUCAAGGCACUCUACGCUGCUGAAGAAAAGAAGGAAUGAACUUUCAAUUCUGAUUCUCUUAUACGCAUUACAUGACCUGUUAUUGUUGCUUAGCUACUUCCACCUAUUUUAGGAAUCUAUAAUUGGGAGAGUACAAUUUAUUGCUAACUACAUUAACAAGGUUAUAUGCUUAUAAAUAACGCUCUUUGUCAGUCUCA